GCUGAAUGCUGCUAUACAGCAUCUGAUAAUCAGAUACAUUCAUGUGAUGCUCAUUGUUAGUCAGCAUGUCUGGGUCCUAAAGGGAGGUGUGGUGAUUCUCUGUGUAAUAACCAAUACCUUACAUAUGGGUUUUAGGGUGAUGUACUGUUGAUGUGCAUCUGUCAUCAAAAACUAGGGAGUGUGACAUUUUAUGGUGGUUGUGGAAUUCUAGGGGAAAAGGGAGAGUGUGUGUGUAGCCAUCCAGAAUGUGUGUGUAUCUGCCAUGCGUGUGUGUAUUUGUGUGCUUGUGGGAGGCAAUGUUCAAGGGGUCCAUUGUUCGGUGGCUUUGGUGUGAGCAGAUUGUUCUCAGUCGGGUUAGAUCUGAAUUUAAACUGUGAAAGCUUGUCAGUCUUAACUGGUCCUGGUUAUCAAGCUGUUUCUACAUAAGAGAAGUAUUAUAACAGUCUUUUAUAUUGUCCAACAUCCCCAGCUGUGUUGAAUGGAGGAGCAGGAAUCUGCCCUUUAUUGUGUGUCUGCUUCCUGUUUAUGUUGCUUCCUGCUGCAACCUCAAACAGACACCAACCUCUAAUCCACAAACCUAACCCCCAGCCUCUAGUCCAGUGAUCCCCACUCCACCACAACCUCUAAUUCACAGACCUCUAUGACAUCUAGCCUCCAACCCUAACCUCCACACACCCUUACCUCUAAUCAAUAGACCUCUACAUUGCCCUAACCUCUAACCCACAAACCUUCACAUAUCCCAUGCUCUAACCCUAGACUUGCAGCCUUACUAAUCUGCUGUGUGCAUAUUGAUUGGUGUUUGUAAAUGACUGAAUUGUACUGGUAUGUGUUUCAUGUGUACAGAAGAAACCUCUGUGGAUAGCUAUUGUUUUCUCUCCUGUAAGUUCCGAGCGGCUGGGUCAAGCCAGGGCUCCUCCCUCCCACAGGGCUCCUCCCUCCUGCCUCUCCCUUUCUCAAUCUCUAUCAUUCACGCCUGGUUCUCACAGUCCUCUUCUCUCUUCCUAGUCUCUCUGGCCGCUACACAGCUUCUGUCAAUCUGUCUCUCUUUCUCCCUCCUCUUUCAUGUCUGAUUCAGUCUUUUCUCCCUGUUUCUCAGUUUGUCUUGUGGCUAAUAUCUUCAUAGUACUCAGUACUUAGUGUUUCUAUUCCACCUUCUGUCUUUCCUUGUCUCUCUCUCCCUCCCUCCCUCAUCCUCUCCAUGAGGACCCUGCACAGGCUGAAGUUGAUGAGCUCCCCCAGCCUCAGUGAGCUGGGCUCCCCUGAGGAGCGGGGUGACAAGCAGAAGAGAGCUGGAGCCAACGCUACCUGGAACAGCAUCCAUAAUGCGGUCAUAGCUGUCUUCCAAAGGAAGGGCCUUGCAGACAACGAACUCUACGUCCUGAACGAAGGUGUCAGACAUCUUCUGAAGACAGAGCUCGGGUCUUUCUUUACAGAAUACCUGCAGAACCAGCUGCUGACCAAGGGGAUGGUCAUUCUACGUGACAAGAUACGCUUCUAUGAAGGUCAGAAGCUUCUGGACUCACUGGCCGAGACGUGGGACUUCUUCUUUGGUGACGUCCUUUCGAUGCUGCAGGCCAUCUUUCACCCGGUCCAGGGUAAGGAGCCGUCAGUGAGGCAGCUUGCCCUGCUGCACUUCAGGAACACCAUCGUCCUGAGUGUGAAGCUGGAUGAUGCCCUGUCUCGCCCGCGUGCACGCGUACCGCCCUCCAUCACUCAGAUGCUCCUCGUUCUACAGGGGGUUCAUGAGGCUCGGGGGGGCAGUGAGGACUACCUGAGGCUGGAGGCUCUGGUGCAGAAGGUGGCGUCUCCUUACCUGGGCUCCCACGGCCUCUACUCUGGAGACGGCAGCAUGUCUCACUGCUCCUGCGUGCUGGGUAAGAUCUGUGUGCUGGGUAACAUCUGUGUGCUGGGUAACAUCUGUGUGCUGGGUAACAUCUGUGUGCUGGGUAAGAUCUGCGUGCUGGGUAACAUCUGUGUGCUGGGUAACAUCUGCGUGCUGGGUAAGAUCUGUGUGCUGGGUAACAUCUGUGUGCUGGGUAACAUCUGCGUGCUGGGUAAGAUCUGCGUGCUGGGUAACAUCUGUGUGCUGGGUAACAUCUGCGUGCUGGGUAAGAUCUGCGUGCUGGGUAAGAUCUGUGUGCUGGGUAACAUCUGUGUGCUGGGUAACAUCUGCGUGCUGGGUAAGAUCUGCGUGCUGGGUAACAUCUGUGUGCUGGGUAACAUCUGCGUGCUGGGUAAGAUCUGCGUGCUGGGUAAGAUCUGUGUGCUGGGUAACAUCUGUGUGCUGGGUAACAUCUGCGUGCUGGGUAACAUCUGCGUGCUGGGUAACAUCUGUGUGCUGGGUAACAUCUGUGUGCUGGGUAACAUCUGUGUGCUGGGUAACAUCUGCGUGCUGGGUAACAUCUGCGUGCUGGGUAACAUCUGCGUGCUGGGUAACAUCUGCGUGCUGGGUAAGAUCUGUGUGCUGGGUAACAUCUGCGUGCUGGGUAACAUCUGCGUGCUGGGUAACAUCUGCGUGCUGGGUAACAUCUGUGUGCUGGCUAAGAUCUGUGUGCAGGUGGGACAUGCCUGUCUCUCUUCUUCCAUUACCUGAACCUUUUGCAACAUCACCAUCAACACAUCUACAGUACAUCUUCAUGAAUGUCUCCAUCCAUAUGUCUCAGAAAAGCGUCUGCAGUGGUCCUGGCCCACCCCCGCCGACCCUCCCUGUAAGAACCCGGUGGUCCGCUCCAAGAGCUACAACAUCCCGCUGCUCUUGACCCCGGUGGCAGAGUACGACCCAGACGCAGGCUCUGUGGGCAGCGGC